UCCAGCAUCCCCAAGCCGCUGCUCCCGGUAGGCAACCGGCCCCUGCUCUGGUACCCGCUGAACCUCCUGGAGCGUGCCGGCUUCGAAGAGGUCAUUGUGAUUACAAGGAAGGAAAUCCAAAAGAUGUUAAACUUGGACACAAAAAUGAAGCUGGAUUUUGUGUGCAUCAGUGACAACAUGGACAUGGGUACAGCAGAUUCACUGAGACACAUUCACCAGAAAAUUAAGACUGAUGUCUUGGUGUUGAGCUGCGAUCUGAUCACAGAUGUUGACUUGUAUAAAGUUGUGGAUCUCUUUCGGACGCAUGAUGCUACUCUCUCCAUGCUGAUGAAGAAAACUCAUGAACCCACAGAAGUGGUACCAGGGCAAAAAGGGAAAAAAAAGCCAGUGGAGCAGCGUGACUUCGUUGGAGUGGAUGACACAGGAAAAAGAUUGCUCUUCAUGGCUAAUGAAGCUGACUUGGAUGAAGAACUUGUCAUUAAAAGAUCCAUCCUUCAGAAGCACCCCAGGAUGCACAUCAGAACAGGGCUGAUGGAUGCCCAUCUCUACUGUCUGAAGAAAUACGUGGUAGACUUCCUGGUAGAAAACAGAACAAUCACAUCUCUCCGGAGUGAACUGAUUCCACAUCUGGUUAGGAAACAGUUCUCUUCUCCUACAUCAUUGCAGCGAGGACUAGACAACAAAGAAGAGGACCAAAAGAAAAAAGAACAAGCAUCCCUAGACAUUUACAGUUUCAUAAAGGAAGAUAAUAGCUUGCUGAAACCUGCUCCAGAUAACUCGUGUUGGAAUGAUCAUAGAGGAGAUAUGAAUGAAACUCUCCACGAAGGAAAAGUGCGCUGCUACGUCCAUAUAAUGAAAGAAGGGCUGUGCUUCCGAGCGAAUACUCUUGGGUUGUAUAUCGAAGCUAACCGGCAGAUUCCCAAGCUGUUGCUUAAUCUGGGUCUGGAAGAGCCACUGGUUCACGGGUCUGCACAGAUCACCGACAGAGGCAUGGUUGGAUCAGACAGCAUCAUUGGGUCAUCCACACAAGUUGGGGAGAAGACAUCUAUUAAACACUCCAUCAUCGGCAGCAUGUGUACCAUAAAAGACAAAGUUAAGAUAACAAACUGCGUCAUCAUGAAUUCUGUUACAAUUGAGGAAGGGUGCUGUCUUCAGGGCAGUGUCAUUUGUCAUAACGCCGUGAUAGACAAGGGAGCAGACAUCAAAGACUGUUUGAUUGGAAGCGAUCAGAGGCUGGAAACCAAAGGUAAGUAGAGGAGCUGUCCUUACAGUGCUGUCUGUAAUCAUUUUCAGAAUUUCUGUGAGAUCUUAUCCCUACUUCUUCAUGAAGUGCCCAUGAACAGUGGCAGUUCUACAGUGUGGUGCCCUGUAAUACUAGGAUUUGUUUUUCAUGCAAAGUACAGCUUC